CCGCAAUUCGCUUUGCAGAAGGCUAGAGUCGAUGUGAGACCCGAAGGCUGCAAAGUGCAUGGCAGAUUGACCUGCCCUAACUGCCACAAGCUUUCAUAAACUCUGCAGAACACACACAUCCUGCAAAGCAACUUCACCAUUUGCAAACUUCAAGCCUUUAUCUUUGCUUCCAAAGUCGCUUCCAACGGAACACGCUCAAGCAGUUCAGUUAGAGUUUGAUCACUCUCACCAAGCAGCCAACAUGUCUUCCUACCAGGAUAGCGCGAAGAGGACCGCCGAUGAUGCCGGCAGCAAGGCCCAGGACUAUGCUGGCGCAGCCCAGGGCAAGGCUCAGGAUUAUGCAGGCGCAGCCCAGAACAAGGCUCAGGACGCCAAGGGCACUGCCUCUGACUAUGCAAGCAAGGCUCAGGAUAAGGCCGGGGAGAUGGGCAGCAGGGCUCAGGAGAGCGCUCAGCAGACCAAGGACCAGGCAGGCAGUGCCCUAGGGGAUGCCCGGAACAAGGCUGGGGAGUAUGGUCAGUACACUCAGGACAAGGCCGGGGAGACUGCCCAGGCUGCCAAGGACAAGGCUGGCUCCGCUUACAACCAGGCUGGCGAGUAUGCCCAGGGUGCUCGGGACAAGGCUGGGGACUAUGCUCAGGGAGCCAAGGAGAAGGCCGGCGAGACCUAUGACCAGGCUGCGAAGACCGCCAGCGAUUACACCGGUGCUGCCAAGGACAACACCCAGUCUGCAUACCAGCAGACCAAGGAGGCUGUUGGCAACACCUACAACUCUGUUGCAAACACUGUCACCGAUUAUGCCAAGUCUGCACAGGAGACGGUCGGCAGCUACGCUCAGUCCGCGAAGGAGACUGUCCUAGGCAAAAGCGAGGAGGCGAAAGAUGCUGCCAACAAGGCGGGCGAGAGCGCUAAGCAGACGGGAGAGGAUUUGUCCAAGAAGACGCAAGGUGCUGCGCAGGACGCCAAGAACAGAGUCUCCAACCAGUAAAAGCAAUGCUGGACGUUGACCACACUCCGCCUACCACAAAUUUUGUUACAGACAGACAGCAGCAAAGUGAAGUACAUGAUCAUCUCAGUUUUCCUGCAAUAGACUCGAAGGCGAAGGGACAGGGACAGGGUGCAACGGAUAGUGUGUGGAAAGAUUUGCAAGCAACUGAGUUGGACAUGGUCGUUGAGGGAGAAGACGAUACGUUGCAAGCAUUGGGCGGAAAACCUCUCAAUACAAAUAAAUCAGCAACGUUUCGGAAGGGAAGGAUCAUACGGAUGGGUUCUGCAACACUUUGAAGCUGAGAAACGCUUGUACAUUAAUGUAGCUGGAAGAACAUCUAACAGGCCGACAUAUAAAUUGUAGAUGAGCAAUAAUCGCACGCUAAGUUACAUGUAGAAAAAUUUGCAUCCUGAUUCUUUGCGCAGCAACGUGUUUGUAAUGUCACAUCUCAUCACCUUGAUCUGUGCGACAUUGAUUACUAUGAUCACUUGACAUUGAACAUGGAAGAAUUAGAUAACAAAGUCAUUCCAUU